AUGGCAACCCUCCGCUCCAUCCUCGCCUGCCUCUCCUUCCGCCGCAACCGCGCCAACCGGGCCGGCUACACCGAGCUCCUCUACGACUCCCUCGACUCUCACGGUCAGAUUGACAACGAAAAGUUCGGCCUCUACUCCGACUCCCCACCCGGCAAUAACCAUGAAGAAGGGCAGUACCGAUCCGCCCCAUUGAUGGCCUGCACUUCAUCUGCCGACGACGACGAGGAGCAGCUCGUGGCCAUUGCCAAAAAGAUCGUAAACUUGAUGCACAUAGCCGAGUUCAACGACGACUCCCUUCAGAUCGCCAUCACAGAUGUCGUCGGCGAGAGGAGGUGGAACCGCAAGCUGAUCGAGGAGUGUCUGGACAAUGUUGUCGAGUUGGUCGAGCAGGGGAGGCAGAACAUGGGGGAUGCCAUGACCGAGGCGCUGGACAAGGUGACGGACGUUGCGGAUGAGGAGUUUGCGUUUCCGAGACGGCACCCGGAGAGCGUGGACGGGUUUAUUGCGAUUGUCUCGGUUGGAGUUCUGGCUGAGAUGCAGGGCGCUUGGGUGUUGGAGUUGUUGGGGUUUGGGGAGGUGAAGGACAAGGACUUGGAGGGGAUGGUGGAGGAGGUGGAUGAGAAGAGGGCGGUGGGGGAGGUCAAGAUGUUGACUUCGGACAAGAUUGUGCUGGGGGAGAAGGCGAGGAGGGGGAGUGUAGCUGACUGGUGGAUGAGGGAGUACAAGGCGUAUAUCCCCGAGGGCAGGGUUGAGACCUUCUUUACGAGGCUGGAUAUGGUGGAUCCUGCUGAAUAG